UACUAUAUCCUGUGAUAACCACAUUUCCUCCUAAAUGUGUCCCCACGUCACUCCUAUAUGGACAUGGCCGAUGAGAUGGCAUAGUUGGCGGGUUAGGGCAGUACUUGGUGGACUUAAUGGCGCUGGUGGUGACAAGGGCGGGUCUGCGUGCUACAGGGAUUCCAACAUGGAAUUUCAGGGGCUCCUUCUUUGUGCCUUAAACAUCCCCUCACUCUUUUCCCCUCGUCUGUUGUUGAAGAGCAGUGUGUUAGUGUGACACGACGAUGAAGUGGGAUCGCCUCCAUUUGAACAUGAAAGUCAUGAGCCAUUGGCGUAAAAUGGUGGCGAGGCUGAAGCUUCGCCCACUGACAAAAGCAGCGGCGUGGACGACAUACCGAGUGGGACACUUCGUGACGUGAAAACAAGACGCGACGUGUUGGCUUCGGUAAGUCCCGUUUGAGAGCUAAAAGCACCGAAACUGUUGGAAUGUUGAAAAGAGGAGGAAGAGGUGCGCGUUAGCGGCGGCAGCUUUACGGCAGACGCCAUUUUUUAUUAUUAUUUUUAUUUAUUUUUAUAUAAACCUUUAUUUAUAAUAUGCAACAUUUACAUACAAGCAAAUAAAUAAUAAUAAUCAGAACAAGUACAGAAACCGUACAAAACAGCGGGGUUACGGCACCCGCCAUUGUUGCCACCGCCGGAGAAUCCCCGACAAGACGGCGGAGGAACGCCCAGGAAUGACACCGACUACCUCCCAGCGUCUUCCAGGAUGACACGGAGUAGAGCCGCCGACUUGGCUCGUCGUCUGAAAGUGAGACCGAACGAAGCCGACUUCUCGUGAGCCCCAUGGAGUUCGGAGGCGCAAAUAAUAAAGCAAUUGUUUGCGCUUCGAACGAGACGCAGGACGUGAAGAAAGCAGACGAGGUGGAACAUCAAGCCCGCGGAUGGCCGAAGCAGGCCGGCUUCUACCGCACAGUCGAAGACGUUGUUUUGACCAACAAGUACGGCGAGAAGAUAUGCGGACAGAUAUGUACCGAAAACAAGGCCCGGCGGGAGCUUUCUUCUCAGGGCCGGAACGAGCUGACCAACGAACUAAUGUGUAGAAACCCAGACGUUGAGGCAACUAUGGACGCGGAUUUAAUUCUGGACUCUACGAGGCUUGAGGACAGCACCAACUCUGGCAGCCUUUCUGCGAGUCCUCCCGAGAACGAGAGCUUCUCUGGGACCAUCAUGAUCAACAAUCAAAGCAUCAUCGUGACCAUAGAAAAUGGAACUUUGACUCUCGCUGCCCCACCGGACGGAUAUGACAACAAGGAGGACGACAUGGUGAGCCUGAAGGAGCAUUUAGGCAUGAAGGACCAUGAGGAUAUUGUUCUUCUCAACUAUGACGGCGGCACCAAGGCCAUAGGGAAGAUCAGCACGUUGGCCGUGUCCAGCUCGGGCUACCAGGAGGAGACCAGAUCUGGGUUGUCCGGAUGCGACUCUGAUCCGGCCCUGGGGGACAACACACCCUCGCCAUUCUCCGGUAGCUCCUUUCAGCCAUGUGGAAUGGCCAAGCAGGUAAAGCAGACCAACGUAGGGACCCUCCCUUCUAAAGCCACAAACUCUCAAUGUGGACCGCUUGUCAGGUCCAAGAAAGUGAUGGUUUCUUACCCGUGCCUGGUAAUGGGUUGCUCCUGUACGUUUGACACGCGGCAGAAACGGAAAGUGCACCUCCUGGAUCACGAUGAAGACCCUCGCCCAUACCAGUGCACAGUGGACGGCUGCCCCUGGUCUUUUACCACUUCCUACAAACUCAAACGGCACCUUCAGUCUCAUAAUAAGCAGCGGCCACACACUUGCCCGUAUGAAGGCUGCGGCCGCUGUUUCACCACCAUCUACAACCUUAAGGCCCACGCCAAAGUCCAUCAGCAGGACGAUGCCUUCAUCUGUGAGAUCUGCAGCGAGAGGUUCCGCAGUGCCACCCGACUCAGCAAUCACCAGAAAGUCCACGUUGAGCCACUGAGGCCGUACAAAUGCGACUUUCCAGGCUGUGAGAAAAAGUUCAUUACCUUCAGUGCCUCCUUCUCCCACAACCGCACGCACUUCAGAGAAACGGGCCACUUUACCUGCACCUACCCGGGAUGCGGCAAGAUGUAUGACAAGGCCUGUCGCCUCAAGAUCCAUUUGCGGAGUCACACCGGUGAGAGGCCAUUUGUUUGCGACUGGGAAGGCUGCGGCUGGACCUUCACGAGCAUGUCAAAGUUGCUUCGUCACAAACGAAAACAUGACGACGACCGACGCUUCAUCUGCAGCGAGGAAGGUUGUGGGAAGUCUUUCACCCGAGCAGAGCACCUCAAAGGUCACAUCAUCACUCACCUGGGCACCAAGCCCUUCCAGUGCCAUGCUGAAGGUUGUAGUGCUCGAUUUUCAGCUCGCAGCAGCCUAUACAUCCACUCCAAGAAACACAAGCAGGAUGGCAGCACACUUCGAACACGGUGUCCUGUAGCCAGCUGCUCCAAGCACUUCUCUUCCCGCAGCAGCUUGAAGAGCCACAUGCUGAAACAACACCAGCUCAGCCCUGAUGUUCUGAACCAGAUGGAGACCACGCCCACCCUGACCCCAAGCAGUGAGCUAAUUAGCCAUACCCCAGCGAUGGUUGCCGGGCCAGGUAUGGCAGGCAGCGAGCAGCUGACGAACUUGGACCUGAGCUCACUCUUCUCUAAUGUUCCUGUAUCCGCCACAUCCACUGGCAUUGGGGUGGGACUUCCUAUUGGUGGGAGCAUCUCCACUGGCACUUUUACUAUGGACCUCUCCCUGGUUAACUCAGGCAUCCUCACAAUCGACCCCUCUACAGUUGGCACCGCUCUUUGUACUUCCACUGGCACUGCUUUGACCAAAAGUGCGGACCCUCUGAUCCUGGCACCCAGUAUCGACAUGGCUCCCCACCAGAGUUUGGAAGGCACCGUGGGAGAUGUUCUCCCACCUCAGGGCACCCUCAACUUGGACGACGUGCAAAGUGUCACACCAGAGGCCUUGGGAACUCUAUCGUCUCUCUCCAUGCAGGGUCCCAGCACCCCUAUAGAGCCCACCCUUCAGCACCCGCUUAGUUCCUCCAGUGCGCUUAGCGCAGAGGCCACCGCCACCCUGGCAGCUGCCCCGAUUUCUGAACUUUUGUCGUCACCCUCCAAGGGGGUGGAGGCCGGUGGCCCGGCGGGGUCUGGGCCUCUGCUGAGCUGUGUGGGGGUACUGGGUGGUCAGGAAGGAGCCAAAGUUCUCACACAGUUUGUUUUCCCUGGUCACACCAACGGCUUUAAUCUGCAGAAAGACACUGAAAUCCCUGCAGUAUCACCCAGCAGUUUCAUGGAUAGUGGCGGCUCAGCAAGGACAGACUACCGAGCUAUUCAGCUGGCCAAGAAGAAGAAGCUGACUGCUCCCUGCGGCUCUUCUGGUGUCUCGGGAUCAAGUCAGAGAAAAGCAAAAGGAUCCAAAUCUUCCUGCGCUCCGUCAAGUGCUCGCUACGGUGAAGGAGCCACACCUGCUAAUGGGGGCCUCACUCUGCGUGACCCUGUCACUGGGGCCCAAUAUGUCCAAAUUCAGCUGCUACAGGAUGAUCCAGCCACUGAUGGAGAACUGGCCUUCCAGCUCAGCUCGCAGACAUCCUCCUCUCACUCUCAGCUCACAGUUGACUUACCAGUCAACAUUUUACAGGAGCCCACAGUUGUCAUCGAGGAAAACAAUGUGUGUGACAACUGCCAGUUCACAGGAAGCACAAUCAAUCUUCAAGACUUGGAGUGACAGAUGUCACAUUCAAUGUUUACAUCAGAAAAAUGCUGCAACCUUAAAUAGUCUUUUUUUCAUUCGAAUGCUUUAUGAAGUCGUCUUUGGCCGAGAGACCAAGUACAAACCUGUCGAUGAUGCACCUUGAGAAGAAUCUGGCUACCCUUUCCCCAAGAGUACAGGAAGUGCUUUUGUUGUUUUCCUUUUUUCAGCCCGAAUCACACGAGAAGGCACUGAAUUCUUGUUCCAAAAAGUCUGAGGAAUGCAAGUCCAUUUUGAGCUUCUUAACUUUUACAGCCCACAUUUUGCUUUUGUUUAAUAGUCUGAGGGCCAAUUAAAAAAACAAACCUGCAAGGACGCACUUUGGCUAGCUGUUGUUACGUCCAAACAUACUUUGAAGGAUCAUCACUGACCUGCUGUGGAAAUAAAUCAAAUGAGCUUAUUUGCUAAUGUAUUAACACGUUGUUGAAUCCUAUCAUACACAAAUACGGUAAUGCUCAAUUCUGUAAAAAUGGAUUAACAGUCGUUUCAUUGUUUGCUUUUUACUUGUCUGCCUUAAAAGUGACAGAGAGGGUUGCAAUGUGGCUGAAUCCUGUUUUUCUGCAGGCAGUUGAAAUAGAUUGCUUCAGAGAGUAUAAGGUAGGAAUGGCAAACUUUGUUUAAUACGGAAAAUAUAGAAGGGGAGUUGAUAUUUCCUUUUUUGUUGGAUACAACCAAAAUAGUUCAAACGGUCAAUGACAAAAAACAUCUACAUCUCAGUCUGUUUUUUUAUAUAGGCAUGAUUCUUUACCUCAUCAGCAUCUUGCAACCUUUAUUUUGUAUUUUUUUUAUUUGGGCCCCAAUCCUUAAAGAUUUGGAACGUCUGAAUGCGGGCCAUGUUUAAUUUUAUUUUAGGAAUGAGCUGUAAGUCAGUUUUAACAAAAAUAUCAAUCAAAAGCUGGACUUUGGACAUGACCUGUGUUAAAGCUUUCUAAAAAAAUGUUAAUAUAUUCAUGCGUUGUAUCUUGAGUGAUACUUGAAAGCUAAUAAAAUAAUUUCAAGCACAAUCACAUUUGUUCUUU